CCAGCCUCACUCUGCGCCAUGGAUUCCCUGGAGAGCGCGCUCUGGUUUGUGCUCCAUGCACGCACGCUCCUGCUGGGCGCAAUCGCCUUCUUGUUCUUUGCUUAUGUCUUCCGAAAGCGGCGCCCCAAGAACUGCCCACCCGGGCCCCCAUGCAUGCCCUUCCUGGGGAACUUACACCAGAUGGACUUUCAGAAACCGCAUUUGCAGAUUCAGCAGCUUGUUAAGAAAUAUGGGAAAGUUAUCAGCAUGGAGUUUGGUGAAUUGUACUCAGUUGUUCUAACUGGAUUGCCCUUAAUCAAAGAAGCCCUUGUACACCAGGACCAACAUUUCAUUGACCGCCCUGUGACUGCUAUCCGCAAGCGUGUCUUUAAAAAACAUGGAGUGAUCAUGUCCAAUGGCCAGACAUGGAAGGAGCAAAGAAGGUUCACCCUGACAACAUUAAGGAACUUUGGCUUAGGAAAGAAGAGCGUAGAGGAACGUAUUCAGGAGGAAGCCUACUACCUUGUCCAGCUUAUAAAAGAAGAGAAAGGACAGCCUUUUGACCCUCACUUCAAGAUCAACAUUGCAGUUUCCAAUAUUAUUUGUUCUGUCACCUUUGGAGAGCGCUUUGAAUACCAGGAUGAAAAAUUCCAAGAGCUGCUGAUGUUGUUAGAUAAAGCCAUCUGUCUGGAAACAUCUGCAUGGUGCCAAUUCUGUGAUGCAUUUCCAAUAAUAAUUGAUUUCUUACCUGGACCGCACCGAACACUCUUUAAAUAUUGGGAAAAACUGAAAUUGUUUGUUGCUCAAGUGAUUGAAAACCACAGGAGAAACUGGAAUCCCGAUGAAUUAAGAGAUUUUAUUGAUGCUUAUCUCAAGGAAAUUGAAAAGCAUAAAGAAGACACAACUUCCAGUUUUAACAAAGAAAACCUCAUCUAUACCACCCUGGACCUCUUCUUUGCUGGAACUGAGACGACUUCCACGACACUGCGAUGGGCUCUGCUUUACAUGGCCCUCUACCCAGACAUCCAAGAAAAAGUACAUGCUGAGAUCAACAGAGUGAUUGGUCCAAUGCAGCAGCCAAGCAUGGCCCUCCGAGAGUCCAUGCCCUAUACUCAUGCAGUCAUCCAUGAAGUGCAAAGAAUGGGAAACAUUGUCCCAUUGAAUGUGCCAAGAGCAGUGACAGCCGAUACCACCCUGGGUGGACAUCUCUUGCCCAAGGGAACCAUGGUCUUAACCAAUCUGACUGCACUGCACAAUGACCCUGCCCAGUGGGCCACACCUGACACAUUCAAUCCAGAACAUUUUCUAGAGAAUGGACAGUUUAAGAAGAGGGAAGACUUCCUGCCUUUCUCCAUAGGAAAGCGAGCAUGUCUUGGAGAACAGUUGGCUAGGACUGAGUUGUUCAUUUUCUUCAUUUCACUCAUGCAGAAUUUCACCUUCAGGGCCCCAGACAAUGAGCAACUGACCCAGAAGUUCAGGAUGGGCCUCACCGUUGCUCCUGUAAAAUACCGAAUCUGUGCUGUCCCAAGGGCAUAGAAAAUUGGAGGAAGAAGAGGAAAAA